CUUAGUUUUCCGUCAAGAGGCUUCGUCUUACGGCAGUCGAGAAACUUCCUCACGGUUGUUUGGAGCGGAUAACCUGCACUAGAGCGCUAUGUCGCUGAGCGACCUGUUAAGCGAUUCUUACGUGGAGCUGGGAGGAUACCGAGACCAGCACUUCAGGGGAAAUAAAAAGGACCAAGAGAAGCUUCUUAAAGAAAGUUGUACCUUAUAUGUGGGGAACCUGUCAUUUUACACAACAGAAGAACAAAUCCAUGAACUCUUUAGUAAAUGCGGUGAUGUGAAGAAAAUCAUCAUGGGGAUUGAUAAAGUUAAGAAGACGGCUUGCGGAUUCUGUUUUGUGGAAUUCUACACAAGGGCAGACACAGAGCAGGCAAUGAGGUUUAUUAGUGGCACACGACUGGAUGACAGAGUGGUUAGGACUGACUGGGACGCGGGAUUUAAGGAAGGCAGACAGUAUGGAAGAGGAAAAUCGGGAGGUCAAGUUAGGGAUGAGUAUCGUCGGGAUUACGAUGCAGGAAGAGGGGGUUAUGGCAAAACUGUAACAACUAUAUAACAAAUUCAUAUUACUUGCAAACAUCUGAAGAAUCAAAGCCAUGGAAACGGCCGUGUUUGAGGGAAAACAUACGUUCUUAUCCUUGACAACGUUGCAUAAAUAUGGACUUUAAAUGAUUCGUUAAAUAUCUCAUUCACACAAAAGUGUGUGUGGUGAAGCCAUUGUAUCUUGUUUUAAUGUUUGAUAAAGCCCAACUGAUGGCAGUUGUAAAGUAGGUGGGACAUAAUCUUUUUAUGGAAGGAUUAUGGGGGCUAUUAUGUUUUGUGAUGGAAAACAUGUUUUUAAUUGAAAGCUAUCAAUUUUUUGAUGUGUAUGGAAUUGUCACUUAGAUGUUAUGGGACCCACGUUUUUCAAAUAAAAACAAAUCUCAUGUG